CUUAAUUGACAUUGAAAAGUCAAAAACGUCACUUUGACAGAAGUUGGACCCAAGCCUCAAUGGAAGAUACCAAAGCCUUGGUAAUGAUCUUUCUCCAGAAAGUCCUUCAUGAUCGUCAACACCUUAUAGACGCCACUUAUAAGUUGAUUUACGAAUACAACAAUGGGGAGCGCAAGCAGGUAGACUACGAAGCCACCCUGAAACAGAUCUGCAGUCUUUUGGGUAAAGAAAUUCCAAAUCAAGUACUCGUUUAUUUGCUCACGUUGGUCGAUAUGCCUUUGGAUCUCUCCGAAGAAACGUCCCCUGUUAUCGAGAAAAUGAAAACUUUAGAAGAGUUUCAAAAGUCGCAGAACAGCUUAACUGAGAGCAUCAAACCGCAUUUGAAAGAUUGCGGGAUAAAACCUGAAAUAAAACAGGAAACUUUAAGUGAAGAUUGCUUACAAGAAACCAAGAAACAUGAGGAUGAUAAGCCGACAGUUAAAAGACAUUACAAGCGAAAAGUCCAAGGUAAGCUUGUAGAAGAAUCAGACGAAGAUUUUGUUUUGGAGGAUGAUAAGCCCAAAAGGCCUUAUAAGCGUAAAGCCCCAGAAGAAGAAAGUGCUAUGGAUAAUAAUAAAAUCAUUAAAGAGAACAAUAGAAAGGGAAAACAGAAAAAAGUAAAAGAACCAUUACCGUUGAAAGCUCCAGUAGUGACCAGCCUGUUGGACCUGACUGCGAUGGCGGUCCUAAAAAAUUUUUCAAAAAUUAAAAAAAACUGCCAAAAAAAGUUUGACAAGGCUUGGGGCCUGGUGAACUCCAAUCGGCUGACAGAGUUCAAUUUGCAACGAUGUUAUGCAAUCAUAAGAGAUUUAAAUAAGAAGAGAUGGUUAUUGAGAGAGAUCGAAAACGACAAUAUCACGUUUGAAUUGAUGGAGGAAUUGUAUCAGGAUACUGACAUUAUUUUGAGAGAGAAACACGUGUACCAUGAACUGAACAGGGACAUUUUUGAAGAUGUUAGAAAGGCGUUGGGCUUUGAAGAGAAGUAGUAUAUUAAAGUUUAGUGUUGUUAAGCAUUUUUAUUCUGUCCACUGAAAUAAACUAAUGUAAAAUUGUCA